CACGGCAACGAGUGGCACGCAGGAAUUCUCUCCUCCCGCGGCCUGAGACACAUCGUCCGAACUUGACCGAGGUAAUUCUCGCGCAAGGAUCGCCGUGCGCUUCGACGACUCGCUCGCGUCGACGUCCAACAGCACGCCGACGACGCGAUCGCCGCCGAUCGAAAAUUAACCCACCCCUCAACAGUCGACUUCAUCAAACCUCUGCGACUACCGCUCCCUCGCGAUGGCCGGCGAGACGUACGGAUGGCUGUACGCGUUCAUCGCGAUGUACGCGCUGUCCUCCAUGGCCGCGGCGUCGUACGCGCGGAUCCGUAACUCCUCCCCGGAGAACGACUCCGGGAGCUCCAUGAAGAAUCACUUCGGCGCGGGCAAAGGGCUCAACGGUCUCGCGCUCUUCUUCACGCUCUCCGCGUCGCUCUUCUCCGCGUACUCCGUGGAAGGCAUCGCGUGGGAGGCGUGGUUCAAGGGCUGGUUCGCCACGCGCUGGAUCCCCGCGGGCGUCGGCGUGUACAUGUGCUUCCUGAUCCUCGCACCGCGCCUCAACGCGCUCGGGCAGCAACGCGGCUACCUCACCAUCUCGGAGGUGGUCUACGACCGAUUCAGCGCGCCGAACAGCGCGUCGCACGUCACCGCGCAUCUCCUCCGAAUCAUCACCUACGGCUGCAUGCUCCUGCCGAUCUUCACGUACCAAGUCUCGCAGUUCGUGUCGUGCGGGAAGAUCGCGGAGGCGUUCACCGACGGCGAAGUCAGCGAGACGGGAGGCAUCCUCAUCUUCGCCGCCAUCAUGCUCUUCGUCGAGUCCAUCGGCGGCUUACGCGCCGUCGCGUACACGGACAUCAUCCAGGGCGUCAUGCUCAUCAUCGGAUCCCUCAUCUUCUUCAUCGCGUCCGGGGUGGAGUUCGGUGGCCUCGCGAAGGCGAGGGACUACUUCGACGAGGUUGGGAAGUUCCAAACGAUGUUGUCGACGGCCGGGAGCUGGUCCAUCAUCUCGUACACGUCCUUCGUGAUGCGCGUCGCCGCCGCCGCGACGAUGUUCCCGCACCUCGCGAUGCGACUGUUCGUCGCGAAGAACAGCAAGAUGCUCCAGCGCGGGCUCGCCGGGAUGAACUUCACGUUCUUCUGGGUGCAGCUCAGCACGAUGAUCGCGGGCUGGACCGCGGUGUACGCGUUGAGAAACACGGCGACCGUCGCGGACAUCUCUAACCAGCAGUCCAUCUUCGGGCACCUCGCGCUCCAGCUGAAGACGUCGUCGCACUUUGGCGACUUCGCCGCGUCGCUGCUCGUCAUGGCCGCGUUCGCCGCGAUGGUCUCCACCGCGGACAGCGGCUUGCUCGCGUUCAGCACCAUGCUCGUGAAGGACGUCUACCAGCCGUACGCGAAUAAGGUUUGGAAAAACGCGCCGCAGGACGGCGCCACGCUGAAACGCAUCGGCCUCGGCGCGUCCAUCUGCGGCCUCGUCAUCGGCCUGUGCCUGUCCAUCUACAACGUCCGCGAGGGCAAGCCGGACAUCACGGGCUUGUUCUCGAUCCAGACGGUGACGCCGAUUCACGCCAUACCCACGGUGUGGGGCGGGUUGCACCUCCACUGGCUCUCCGGCGAGGCGUGCCUCGCCGGUCUCGUCGUCGGUCUCACGACGGGGACGUGGAUGGUCCUCGAUACGGACUUCAACGACAAGCGAUCGAUCGGUCUCGACGAGCACUCGACCGGGUGGAACACGUCCGUGUUCGCGUUCCUCGUCAACGUCGGCGUCGUUCUCCUCUUCACGAUCGUCGAGAAGUUUAUUCUCAAGCCGCCGAAGGCGACGCAAGCCUCGGGCGCGCGGCCGCUGUUCAUCGGUACCAAGAUCGACAAGAUGAUCUCGAACCCGGUCCCGUGGUUCUUCAUGCUCUUCACGCUGAUGGCCGCGUGCCCGUUCUGGUACGAGCCGGAGAGCACCGUGAAGUACGUCGGCGACGUGGCUGCGUACGCGUUCACGUCGUUGUUCUUCUCGUUUAUCCUCGCGUUGAUGGUGUGCGCGAUGUACCUCACGCGUUGGGAGGAUUUUAAGCCCGUCGGCGAGGAAGAGAAGCAGGUCGAGGAAGGCGCGGCGGAGAAGACCGCCGCCGCGCCGGCGGUCUCGAACAAGGCGUGA